GUGUGCUCUUCUGGUUCGGAUGUUUCAGGCCCAGCAGCAGAGGGAGUUUGAAGAGGAGACGAAGGGAAGAUUUCGGCGCAGUCAGUCCAUCGAGAUGGCGGCGGAGGCGGCAGCGCUGGUUUCUGGAAGGUCACUGCACCCCCGGGACAUCUUCCGGCAGCAUGAGCGAUCUGUAUCCUGUUCCAACUCCCCACCGUCCACUCCCAGCUCUCCGGGGAGAUCUCCGUCCAGUUUUUCCGGCAGAACAACGUUCCGAUACCAGCGCAGCGUGACAGAGUCUAUUUUGACACCUCCGGCCCGAAGUCCAUCCUAUUUUCCUGGUUUCCAGAAAAGAGACUCAUUCAGUGGCCCUUCUUCUAGCACACCUCCAGCAUGUUCUCCUGCCUUCAUCUUCUCCAAGGCCCCACUGCCAGGUGGCACAUCUACAAAGAUGGACUCUUUACCUUCCUUUAUACCCCCUCCAAUUUCCACCAAGCGAGGCCCUCCAUCACACGUAAAAGAGAACAUAUCUCCCCAGAGCUCCAUAUCUCCUCAGAGCUCUGUAUCUUCUCCCAAGAGCCCCAUACCUCCUCCUCUGAGCAUCAUACCCCCUCCUCAGGGCUCCAUAUCACCUCCUUGGAGCUCCAUUCCUCCUCUUCAGAGCCCCAUACCUCCUCCUCAGAGCUCCAUAUCGCCUCCUCAGAGUUCCAUUUCACCUCCUCAGAGGUCCAUAUCUCCUCUACAGAACUCCAUAUAUCCUCCUCAGAGUUCCAUAUCUCCUCUACAGAGCUCCAUAUCUCCUCUUCAGAGCUCCAUUACGCCUCCACAGAGCUCCAUAUCACCUCCUUGGAGCUCCAUACCUCCUCUUCAGAGCACCAUACCUCCUCCUCAGAGCUCCAUAUCGCCUCCUCAGAGUUCCAUAUCGCCUCCUCAGAGUUCCAUAUCUCCUCUACAGAACUCCAUAUAUCCUCCUCAGAGUUCCAUAUCUCCUCUACAGAGCUCCAUAUCUCCUCUUCAGAGCUCCAUACCGCCUCCACAGAGCUCCAUAUCUCCUCUCCAGAGUACUGUAUCUCCACAACAAUAUCUGUAUGAUGUACCCUACAGGGCCGAAUAUGUAACACUAACACCAGAGGAGCCUCUACAACAAGGCACGGACAUCAAAGCUCAGACGAGACCUCCAGCACUUAACAUUCCACAGUCUACAAACUUUGACACUCCAGAUGCUACAAACACAAAGAUACCUGGUGAUGUAUACAGAGCAGAGUUUGUGCCCGUUGAUAAUCUGAACACAUCUGAAGAUCUUGUGGACCAAGGGCACAGUCCAAAGUCACCGAGGAGCUACCACACACCUGAAGGACCACCAGCAGCAAUAAAGGCUACGGUCUCCAUCUCCAGUCCUGUAUCAGAAAUUGCAUUUGCAAGUGUCACACCAGUUACCGAUGAAAAGAUUUCCACCACACCACUUAGCACUGAGGCGCCAGGACUCAAUUCUCUAUUAGGUGCAAAAGCUAUUGGGCCAACCUUUGCACCACAGGGACCAGUUUUAGCUGCACAAGCUUCUUCCACUUCUGCUGCUUCCUUUGACCAAAGAUUAUUACCAUCUCCACCUGUUUCUGUAACUGCAGAAAAACUCCCAGAAACAAAAUCAAACUUUUACCCAAUAAGCAGCUAUGAAUCACAUGCUUCCUCGAAGACCAAUGUUGAGGGUCUCCCGCCUUCUCCUUUGGCUGAUUCGCCGAUAAGAUUAGAAGGCAAAACUCCAUUUUCAUCCUCUUCUUUGAGGUCUAUAUUACAAUAUGUUGCUCCUCCUCCUUAUACACCUUUUAGUGCAAGAACAACAGAUUCUAUUACAGUAAAGGCACCGGCCUUUGGGAAAUCUCUGAAUUCCAGGUCGGCUUCCAUCUCUGCCGGGACUUUUCCUGGGAUUUCGUCCACCAAUGUUCCAAACUUAGAGACUUUAACUGUAAAUUCUAACCAACCUAAACCUCAAACUCUACAUCAUAUUGAGACACAGGAACAUAAUGCCUCCCGUCUUUCACAAUCUCAGAUCAAAGCCACCGAUCGGUCAGCUGAUGUACAACCAGUGGAGUGUAAAGCAGAGGUUCCAACAGUAGACAGUUUACCUAGAGAAACUAGCUUACCCACUUCUCAGAUGGAACUCAACAAAGACCAGAUCAAAGUUUCCUCCAACAACUUGCCUGAAGCUAAAGCUGAACCCAUUUAUAAUCAAAUUGAAGUAUCAUCAGCAGAAAAUUUUCCUUUAUCGCUAACUGAACCCAUUAAUAUAGCAUUUAAGAUUCCCUCAGUGGAGACGAUAUCUGUUAUCAACUUACCUGAACCUCAGGUAGAAGCUGACGUCCCUCUCACUGAAGUCUUACCUUUAUCAAUCACUGUUCAUAUCAACAACCCACCAGAAUUUCAAACCAAGCCAAUAGAAAAACACACAGAGGUUUCUCCAGUGCAAUCUUUACCUGUGGUGGCCUCUCUUUGCACCAUCUUACCUGAACCUCAGGAGGAACUUCGUGAAGAACAAACUGAGGUUUCUCCUGUGGAAUCUUUACCUGUGGUGGCCUCUCUUUCCAGAAUCUUACCUGAAUCUCAAGAUGAACUGAAUGAAAAACAAUCUAAAGUUUCUCCAGUAGAUUAUUUACCUGUGGUGGCCUCUCUUUGCACCAUCUUACCUGAACCUGAAGAGGAACUCGGUGAAAAACAAACUGAGGUUUCUCCAGGGGAAUCUUUAGCUGUGGUGGCCUCUCUUUGCACCAUCUUAGCUGAACCUGAAGAGGAACUCGGUGGAAAACAAACUGAGGUUUCUCCAGGGGAACCUUUAGCUGUGGUGGCCUCUCUUUGCACCAUCUUACCUGAACCUGAAGAGGAACUUCGUGAAGAACAAACUGAGGUUUCUCCUGUGGAAUCUUUACCUGUGGUGGCCUCUCUUUCCAGCAUCAUACCUGAAUCUCAAGAUGAACUUAGUGAAAAACAGCUUAGGGUUUCUCCAGUAGAAUCCUUACCUGUGGUGGCCUCUCUUUGCACCAUCUUACCUGAACCUGAAGAGGAACUCAGUGAAAAACAAACCAAGGUUUCCCCAGGGGAACCUUUACCUGUGGUGGCCUCUCUUUCCAGCAACGUACCAGAUAAACUCAGUAAAAAAAAAAUUGAGGUUCCCCCAGUGGAAUCCUUACCGGUAGUGGCCCCACUUUCUGGCAUCGUACCUGAAUCUCAACAUGAACUCAUUGAAAAACAAACUGAAGUUUCUCCAGAAGACUUCUUACCUGUGGUGGCCUCUCUUUGCACCAUCUUACCUGAACCUCAAGAAGAACUCUGUGAAAAACUAACUGAGGUUUCUCCAGUGGCCCCUUUUUCAGGCAUCGUAUCUGAAUCUCAAGAAGAACCAAUUAAAAAACAAACUGAGGUUUCUCCAGUGGAGUCUUUACCUGAGGCAGCCUCUCUUUCCACAAUCUUACCCGAGUCUCAAGCUGAUUUCCAAACUAGCCUUCCAAUAAUACCUACCUUACCUAUGGCUACUUAUCCUCCCAUCAAUAGCUUACUAGGAAACCAAGCUGAACCCAUAGAAAAACAAGCUUCAAUUCCACCUACAGAAACUUUUCCUGCAAGUGCUUCACUUGGUACUACCGUUCACCUUGAAUCUCAAGCUGAUGAUAUUGGCAACCAGACUGAAGGUCUUCCGGCUGAAACUGUUUCCAUGGAUGUCUCUUCCUUUUUCCUGUCUGUACCCAGCUGUAAUCAAACUGACCUUUCAUUGGUCGAGACAAUACCUGAAAACCUUCCCAUGGGCGGUUUCAAUGAUUAUCAAUUGAAUGACUUUGUUAGUGGCGCUCAGUUUGAUUCAUUUCCUGUGUCUGUGUCUCUCCCAACUGAAGGGUCACCAGGAUCUGAACACACCAAAUACCAAUCUGACGUUCCAUCGGUUGAGGCCAUACAUGAAUCCGUAUCUCUUUCCACUGAGAAUUCACUAAAGCGUGAACACAAACUAAGCAAUGAUCAGGAUCAGGUUCUUCAACCUCAGACUUCAUCACCAGUGUCUUUUACCCUUCCCAAAUCUGAACCCAGUAUUGAUCAAACUAAGGUUUCCAAUAAUGCAGACGUGCAAUUGGCUGACUUCCUCUACACGGAUAGUGCACCUACGUCCCAAGCCAAGGACAAUAUUAAUCAAAGUAAGGUUUCAGCUGACCCAGCCGUACAAUUGGCUGACUUCCUCUACACGGACAGUGCACCUACGUCCCAAGCCAAGGACAAUAUUAAUCAAAGUAAGGUUUCAGCUGAUCCAGCCGUACAAUUGGCUGACUUCCUCUACACUGGGAGCUCAGCCAGGCCCCAAGCCAAGGACAACAUUAAUCAAAUUGAAGUUCCUCAAUUAGCUGAAUACACCGUUCUACAUUCUGAUAGCUCUACAGGAUACCAGAACGAUCAGAUGACCACAUUCACUGAUUGUAAGUCUGUAUUGGCCACUAUUCCCCAUAUCAGCUCAAAAGAAUUACAAGAAGAACCCUCUAAGAUCCAAACUGAAGUUCCAUCAAGUCAAUCUUUGCCUCUGCCUGCUUCUAUUCUCUUCAAUGGCUCUCUAGACUCUCAAGCAAAACCCAUCAAGGAACAAAUUGGUGAACCACCACUUUCAUGCCAAUCUCUUGGUGAGGUUAAUCAAAGUGAGCUUCCUGGACCUGAGACUUUACCCAUGUCUGCCUCUAUUACCACUGACAUGGUGUCAGAACCUCAAGCUGACACACACGAUGGACAACCUGAGAUUCUAUUAUCUGACAUUGUUGUUUCUCUUGAAUCUCAGGCUGAAAUCUCCGAUACGCCAACUGAGGUUACACCACUACAAACCUUACCUGUUACAGAUUCCCUAUCCACCAAUAGCUUACUGGAAACUCCAACUGAACCAGAAGAUGACGUAACUGAAGUUCCACGAGUUCAGUCCUCACCUGAGGCCACCAUACUUUUUUCUGACAGGUCUGAAGAUGAAGCUAACCAAAUUGAGGUUCUGGUGCCUUUAUCUUUGCCUGUCUCCCUUCCCAUUGAGAGUUCUUCUGAGUCCAAUGUCCAUCAACCAGAGGAAAAUAUACCAUCAUCCUUCUCCCUUCCUGUCUGUAGCCUAACUGAACUUCUAGGAGAAAUUAGGGAUCUCCAAACUGAGCUUCUACCAACUGUGGGUAAAAAUGAAUUUACCCAAUUUCCUCCUGAGAUGCCAGCUAAAGUUCUAGCUGAGCCCUACGAUGGGCCAUCUGAGGUUCUGCAAACUGAGGGUAAAAAUGAAUUUCCCCAAUUUCCUCCUGAGAUCCCAGCUGAAGUUCAAGCUGACCCCCAUGAUGGACCAUCUGAGGUUCUGCCAACUGAGGGUAAAAAUGAUUUUACCCAAUUUCCUCCUGUCAUCCCAGCUGAAGUUCAAGCUGAGCCCCAUGAUGGACCAUCUGAGGUUCUGCCAACUGAGGGUAAAAACGAAUUUCCCCAAUUUCCUCCUGAGAUCCCAGCUGAAGUUCAAGCUGACCCCCAUGAUGGACCAUCUGAGGUUCUGCCAACUGAGAAUAUAACUGAAUCUACUCCACUUCCUACCAUCACCCAGCCUGAGCUUCUCCCUGAAAUCAAUGAAUAUCCCUCUCAAUUUCCACCGAUUGUAAGUUUUCCUGGUUCCAACUCCCCUCCUCCUAAACAAUUACCCGAAUAUCCAGCAGCAUGCAGCCUUGAAAAUCCAGAGGUUCUAAUACCUGACACAUUUAUUGCAUGCAUGGCCCUUUGCACAGACGAAUCAGCUGAAUCUAAUAUAGAAGAAAAUUAUAGCCAAACAUCAACCGAAACUUCAUUUUUACCCACUUCAUUGCCAUCCAAUGGCUCUUCUGAAUGGUCAUCGGAACUCAGCCAGGUGCCACCAGCUGACCCUGCAUCUCUCACAUGGUUAGGUGACAACCCUUCUACAUCUCUCACAUGGUUAGGUGACAACCCUUCUACAUCUCUCACAUGGUUAGGUGACAACCCUUCUACAUCUCUCGCAUGGUUAGGUGACAACACUUCUACAUCUCGGAACGAUACCUUAAAUGUAGUCCUGCCAUUGGAUUCUUCGCUGCUUUCUGCUUCCUUUCCCACCGACAGCUUAGUCAAAUUUUCAGCUGAUCCCAAUGGAAACCUAAUAGAAGUUGAAUCUCUGCCAGUGUGCUCCUCGCUUCUUGUUGGCAGCUCUGACAUCCCAUGUGAUGGGGCAGGGGUUCCAGAGGCACCUUUACUUUGGGAUUCACUGCCAGCUCCCAGUUUAAACCUGUUUGGGGACCCUCAUCCUGGAAGCCCACCUGUCAUUGGUUGUCUGAUUGAACCUUAUCAUACAGAGGAAGCUUCUGGGACUGAGACGGAGGCCAUUUCUACAAUGGAACCCAGCACAGAUAAAGUCAUUGUACAUGACAUUUUGCCCAUCAGUAACUUGCCGGCGGAAGAGAGUCAAACGCCAAAAGAUUUGUCUCUGUGCAAUACGGACUUAAUGAAUUCCAGCGAUAGCUCAGCCUUCGUUGACCAAAAACACUCAACAUUAAUCCCAACAGAGACCACAGAGAAUAAUAUUCCCAACAACAACAACACUCUUCCCUCUGAAGUUGUUCUGUGACCUUCACGUAGCAAGUUGUAAGACGUCCUCAACUGUCACAGAGGUAUCAAACACUGGCCAGGUGACUGUCCUGUCCACAGUGAAAAGACUGACCUGAGAAUCCUCCAGAUACUGACACACUUAAUUACUUCCUCAAUCAUACUGACACCGGGGGGAUGGAGGGACCUUGUCUUCAACAGUCCAGAAUACUAUAUGCAGGCGCCAAUCCAUCGUGUGAACCUAAAGACAUUGCUCUUUCUUUUUAUUGAGUGAUGAGAUGACAUCAUCAGUUAGAGGAAACCUCCCAUCGUCAUGUCCAAUCCAAGGACUUUACCAUCAGACCUGCUCAGCCAUCACUGACGUUACCAGAAAAGGACGUGUCCCCCUUUUCUGAUCCUUGAUUAUCUUCAGAUAUUCAUAAACAUGGAUAAGAAGGGUCUAUGUUCUUGUUCUAUCACAGCCACCAAGGAGAGGAGGUCUACUUGUACUCACAGAUGAUGUUCUUCCACAAUCCCAACAAUGAGACAUAAAUACCAAUCCAGUGAGGGACUUCCAAGACCUUCCCAACUGUCAGUGAGAAAAUAUUGUUUUACUUCCGUCAAUAAGGAACUCAUUCAUUGAUAGACAAUGAGACAAAAAUGGUAAUUUAUUGGGUGUGAAGAACCUGCAUUUGCAGGACUCUCUCCCCUCCCCCUCUUUCUCCCUCUCCCCCCCCCCCCUAUGGAUGUGCGUCUAUACAUAUGGCGGUGGUUGCAUAAUGGAAAUUUGUUGUGGGCUGAAGAUCUUUGACUGAUAUACGAUAGGUGCCUUAUUGAGCAUUUACCAUACUGGAUAUGUGAGGCUCCCUUAACGACCUUUGCCGGGUAGCGGUAGGUGUGUUUGGAAAGCAUUGUGCGUCUUUUCGGGAAAGCAAAUAGUUCUUUAUAUCUCAGAAAGGUCGAGGAAUUACAUAGUUCUGUAUUUCUCUCCCAGGGUUGCUUCCCGUGGCUCACAGGAAGGCAGAAAGAUUUGUGCUCUCUUCGUUAUGACGAAGGUUACAGUCUGUGUGGGGUGCAAUAAAAAGACGUAGACUGAGAAAUGAAGGUGUAGAAGAAGGGUCGGCUCAUGUUAACUGAGAAGGAAACGGUAAAGGUUGCAAACACUAAAGAUGGAGUUACUGAAGUGUCUGAAGGUUGUACUAGAAGAUGAUAUUUGAGGAAGGAUGCAAAGCACUUUAGUUUGUAAAUGCAUCACCAUGGAAGGGUGGAGAAGUGCUGAGAGAACAGGCUGGGAGCAUUUUAUGUGGGUUUUGGGAUGUGUAGUCAUGGCCUGCUAAGGAAAGUGUGACUGUGACCAAGUUUGUUUUUAACUCUAUGUAAUGGGCUCUAAUAAUUUUCUUUUCAUCCAUCAGUAGAUGGAGAUAUUGUUCUUCAUUGGAAGAGUCUUUCACGUCCUACUCCUCUGAGGAAGAGCAUUGUCAUGGAGAACAUUGUGUCUUCCUUCUUCUAAAUAGAGCAUUGUCUCUUUCUACUCCUGGGUGGGAGACCAUGAUCUUUUCCUUCUUCUAAAUUGGAGAACAUUGAGGUUUAUUUACUAAAGCUGGAGAGUGCAAAACAAGACGAUGUUCUCCAACUCAGAAGAAGGAAGAGACAAUG